AUGAAGGCCUUCCUAGCACUGCAUUUGUGUAUGGGGCUGGUAGAGAAGGCAGAAAUUGAGGAUUACUGGGCAGAAUUUUGGCCAACUUACACACCUGGGUUUGGCAAAGUAAUGUCUAGGAACAGAUUUGAGAUCAUUCUGUCUUUCCUUCAUUUCACAAACAAUAGUGAGUAUGUGGGGAGGGGUCAGCCAGGUCAUGACAGGCUGUUCAAGGUGCGUCCAGUAAUUGAGCUGAUAAUUCCGCUUUUCUCCGCAGUUUAUGGUCCACUCAAGGAGCUUUCUCUUGAUGAAAUGACCAUAGCAUUCAAGGGAAAGUCCACCUUGAAACAAUACAACCCUAAAAAACCUGACAAGUAUGGCUACAAGGUGUAUGUUUUGAGUGAGGCCAGCUCAGGUUAUGUUUUGCAGUGGUCCAUGUACACUGGCCAAAAUGCUAAUGCUGAUGCUGAUUUAGGUGCCACCCAUCUAAUUGUUCGUCAGCUGAUGGCCCAAUACACAGGGAAAGGGCAUGAGGUGUACAUGGAUAGUUACUACAUAUCACCAGCCAUAGCAAAUGAGCUGGCACAUAAUGACACUGGUAUGUGUGGGACAGUGAACUGCAAAAGGCGUGGUAUGCCGAGGUGUCUGAGACAAACUGAGUUGCCUUUGAGGAAAGGAGAUGACCCAGUGUUCAUGAGAAAUGGCAAACUGUUAGCUUGUGCAUGGCAUGACACAAAGCGUCUCACUAUGCUCUCGUCUCUUCAUGGGAACUCAUGUGUUCGGAAACGUAUCAGGUCAAAGCAAAGCGACACAGGUUUUCGUGAGAUAAACAGACCUGUGUGCGUUGACAGGUACAACACCUCCAUGGGAGGAGUAGACACCUCUGAUCAGAGGAUGAAAACCUACCUCUUUCCACACCGUUCAAGAAAAUGGUACAAUCGCAUCUUCAAUGCGAUUCUGAGCAUCAGUGUAGUGAACUCCCAUAUAAUUUACUCCAAGUGUGCACCUGGUCCGCACAAGCCACUGAAGGCCUUCGUCCAGGACAUUAUUACUGCUUUGCUUGAGGGCUAUUCCAAGAGGGAAAGCAAAAAACCAGGAAGGCCUUCAGUGGAGGGGGGGGAAAUGCCACAGAGGCUCACUGAGCGCCACUGGCUCCGCGUUGCAGAUGAUCGGCCAGAUUGUGUCGUUUGUUCUGAUCGCACACGCUCUAAGGGCCGCCGGCAGACAAAGUACAGGUGCAGUCAGUGUGGUGUAGGUCUUUGCGCUGUGCCAUGCAAUGAGAGGUACCAUACUCUCAAAAACUAUAAACUGUGUCACCUAGAUACCUGA